AUGAUGGCUUCGCCAGAGGAUGGCACGGCGCCGGCUUCAUCGACGGCGCCGGCAAAGGGCGAGAUCAAAAAGCUCUCUCCCCUACCCAAGGGUGCGACGAUGCAAAAACGUCCACUCACGCGGCGGCAGGUGACGGCCUCGGUCAAGACAGCCGUCAUCUACGUAUCGUCCUCGAUGCCCUUUAUGUCGGCGGUGAAGCGGGUGCAGAAGCAGCUCCUCAAGUUCCACCGCAACGCCACCCGGGCGGCGCCGAGGUACGCUUCCCUGCAGGCUCGCGUCGAAUCUCUCAAGCGCGACUGCGAUGCCGGAAUUCCCUUGGACGGCACGCAAGUCACGCUGUUGGGCACGGGUCGCGCGGUGGAGAAGACUCUGGCCAUUGCGAGCUGGUUCCAGCAGAGGGGCGAUUGCGUGGUGAAGAUGACGACGCGAACCGUGGGCACCGUGGAUGAUGUGGUGACGGUCGAGGGCGAGGACGAGAGCCGUCUACGGAUGUUGAGCUGUCUCGAGGUCGUGUUGCGUCUCAAGUGA